AUGGGAGAAUAAAUUUCCAAAGAUGCUUGCAAUUGCACUGAUUCACCUUAACAUUUAAAUACUAACAAUUAUGAUAAUUCCAUAAAUCAUUAAUAAACCAUUUCUCACUUUGAUGCUAUCAAUACUAAUGCAAAUGAUUAAUUAACAGAAAAAAAGCAUCCAUAAUCACAUUAGAUAGAUCUUUAAUAAACCAACAAAAUAUCUUCAUUCUCACAUCUAGAUUAAUAAGGAAAAACACCAACUUUAGUUCUAAGAAUAAUAGCAUCUGCAACUUUAGAAGAAAAUCAACUUUUCGAGUUCCAACCAAAUCCUUAAUAAAAUGUAAUUUAUUUUGGUUGUAAAUACAAAAACAAAAAAGGGGGAUAUUAAAUUAAUCAUUUUAAAAUCCCAUCUGUUGAUACUAAAUUGAAUAAGAAAAAUAGAGGUUAACAUUUCUAUAUCAAAUAUGAUUAAAAAACCUAAAACUUUAAAAUCAAAGAUUUAGGAAUUGGAUUUGGUUGUUUUUACAAGACAGAUGAAAUUAAAUUGUAAAAUAAUACCCUAAUAACAUUUGGAUAGAUGUAUUUUACAACAUAAAUAUGUUAUGGUUAAGAUUUAAUAAAAUUUCCUUCCUUUAAUAAUUUAUAUGAUGUGAAGGAAUUCAUUAUCAGUGGAUACCCUUGCGAUAGAUAAUACUUUUUAUCUUUAGAUAGAGAUUAAUGGUACCUUAGAAUUCAACUCUAUGGAGGUACUGCAAAAGAUGAUGUUUACAUCUUAGGAUCUAAAAAUUAUUUGCCUGUGACCAUAGGCAGAAAUAUAGAUUGUUUGAUUAGAUAUUAUGAUGAUGUUCUUUUAUCUAAAUAUUAAUGUACAAUUCUUUUUGAUGGAUAUUGGAAAAUUAUUGAUGGAAUUGAAGGAAAAUCAUCAACAAAUGGAACUUGGCUUUAUUUAAGAGAUGAAUAAAUACUAACUGAAAAUAUGAUGUUGAAAACAAAUAAUACAAUAAUGGAAGUGAAUUUUAAAUGA